CGGACGUCAUUCCAAUCUGUGCAAAGUGUGCCAAGAAAACAGUGCCGAUAUUGUUUUCGUGCCGUGCGAACACAAGGUCACUUGCGUUCGAUGCGCUGCUUAUCUGGCCCUCUGCCCAGUUUGCCAGAAGGAUAUAAAAUCUUCUGUCAGAAUUUAGUCAUUGGACAACCGCUCUAACAGAAAAAUUCCAAAAAAGGACGCGCUGACUAAAUUUCUGAGUUUGCAGACUGUUUAUUUGAAAUGUAAAUAAAGUUUUCAGUAAUUUUUAGCGCACAUUUUGGUUUCCAUUUAAAAAUUAAGAUUAAGAAAAAAAUACCAUUAUUGAAACUAAAAGUUAUUUUGUAACGCAGAAUUUCCUAUCCAAAUUCAUCUCAAAUGCUUGUAGAAUUUAAAUAUUUUGAAGUCUUUUAACACUCUACUACAUCUUUCUAAUUCAUAACUCGAGAUGGUUCGAUAUAGAAGUUCGGUGUAAAUUAAUAUGUUAGCAACGAAGUCAAACAUCAAAAUUCAGCGCCAAAUAAUAGGCUCACUCUGAUUGGAUGAUUCUGUUCAAAUGGAUACGGAGACAAACAGAUGACGUAGUGUAUGCACACAGAACAAGUUCAUACAUUUCCCGCUUCCUGCACUAGGCGCUCUCGAUUCUUGCGAGCUUGCUUGCUGUUGCUGUUGCCUGUCGGCAGUCAGACACGAUAGAGAAAAGAGACACCGCACGUUUGCCUUUGCCUGCCGGCGCUUAUGCUUAGCGCCCCGAAAACGCUCGAUUUGACUAAAGUGGUGAUGGUAUAUAGGUCUCGUCGAGUUGAUUACCUGGGCGAUAAGAACAUAUUUACAACUGGAAAUAUAUCGAUCAAGUACGAAAGCAACUAAUUAUUUUCCUCUCUAUUACUGAUGGGCUUAAUGGUUGGCAACACGUUCCUUUUGACGAAACGGGCAGUGGUGUUUUGAUUUAAACAUGGUCAAAUAAAACCAGAUAUUUUUCUUCAACUUAUGUUUAAAGCACGACAUUUACGAUGGAAGUUUCUUAAAACAGUUUUAAAAAACAUUUAGCAAUGUCUUCUUUGACUGAACACGCCGGGAACAACGACGAGUAUUACGAUUUCGAUUUUUCCUUUGACGAUGAUGACGAUGGCGGAGAUGUCUGCGGCAUAAGAAACCCGAUCGUCAACCCGUUUUCAGGUAGUGAUAAUUUGACUCCUGGAAAGAUGCACAAUGUGGAGCUUGCCAAAUUUCCUAGAUUUGGCGUUGUCGCUCACCGGGCACCAAUCAACUCCGAAUACCUGACUCUGCAAGCGAGGCUGGCUUCGUUCUCUGGCUGGCCCAAGACGACGCCCACCCCAGAUGCCUUGGCAGCUGCCGGAUUCUUUUACCAGGGUAUGAACGACACAACUUUCUGUUUCCAAUGCAACGGCGGUGUGCAGAACUGGGAGCCGACAGAUGACCCGUGGGUGGAACAUGCUUACUGGUUUUCGCAUUGCACCUACAUCAAUAUCAUUAAGGGACCGGACUGCGUGAAAAAGAUGAAGCGCACCAGGCUUCCAGUCGAGUCCUUCGCCGAAUUGAGCCUAAACCCACCUGACAACGGCGAUGGACAGGUAGGAGACGAGUCGAGAAAAAACGCUGCGGAAGAGGAAGAUGAGGAGAACAGCCAAGGCGAGGGUGUUAUUACCACUGCCUUGGAAGGAGCUAGCGGAAAUGACGAGAAACGAGAAAAAGAACAAACGCGGAAACCACCUUUGAAGGACGCAGAAGUAGUACCUAAGAAAACAGCAGGAUUGGAAAAGUCGGCCCGUCAAUUUUGCAAUGUGUGCUUUGAUGAGACAGUUGGUGUGCUUUUCCUGCCGUGCAAACACUUGGUGGCAUGCGUCAAGUGCACUCUAAUUCUGAGCCUCUGUCCGGUCUGCUCAAAGGAUAUCAAAGCUUCUGUCAGAACUUACUUCUCGUAAAGCCUUCCAAAGGGAAAUGCAAAAAGAACGGGUUGCCUAAAUUUUUUAUUGUAUCCCGUUCAGUUUUAAAUGUGAAUAAACUUUUCAUUCAUUUUGCAUAUAUUUUUGUUUUUGUUUAAAAAUUAACACCGAUGAAAAAAAAUGGGGAAUAUAUAUAGCAAAGAGAAUAUUAAUAUUGUAGGGGCUACCACAGCGUGGC